AUGGACUUCGACGACGCCCCUCAAGUCUUCUCGCCGAAGCCGGCCAUCAACCUGUCUGACUCAGACGACAACUUGCCGUCUUCCGCAAAUUUGGCGGCGAAGGGGCCACCACUCAUGAGGCCGGCCGAGGGGGCAGCGGCGCUUUCUCCGAAUAGCAAGAACGGCGCCGUUAAGCGCAACGGGGUGGCGAGUACUCUGCCAGUGGCACCCCUCGCAGCCCCUGUAGGGCAGAAGGGCGCGAGUUACGUGGAUGCGCAGCAGCCGCCGUUGCCGUUCUCCACUGACCCAAAGAUGAGAGUCAACCCUGCCAAGGUGUACAAGGAAGGAUUUCUGUUUAAACAGCAGCCCAGUUGGCCGUACAGCAACCAAAAGCGGUACUGUGUGCUAAAGAACUGUAGGCUUUACUACUUUGACUCGCAGGAAAACAUGAAGGGGGGAAAGCCGCAGGGUGUGAUUGACCUCACCAACGCGAAGCUGACGGAUCCCGGGAACGAGGCCAACCUGCCGUCCAACUUUGGGAUCCACGUGAGGAGCGACAGGCAGGCGGACGGGGGAGGCAGCGGCGGCAACAAAAAGGAACGCACAUUUAUUUUUUCCGUCCUGCACGUCCACGAGCUGGGCGAGUGGAGGGCGGCUGUCCAGGCCGUUGUAGGCGACACCGAGGAGGAUGAAGGGGCACACUGGUUUGAGAAAAUGGUGCAGGGUGUUUACUAG